CGCAAUCACUCGGUGUGCGGACAGACGAGCGGUCGCGGGUCGUUGCGGUACCUUUGGUCCCGUUCUCCGCUCUUGCAGCCAUGGACGAAAUGGAGGAAGAGCUCAAGUGCCCCGUGUGCGGCUCCUUUUUCCGGGAGCCCAUCAUCUUGCCCUGCUCGCACAAUAUUUGCCUGGCGUGCGCCCGCAACAUCCUGGUGCAGACGCCCGACACCGAGUCCCCACAGAGCAGCCGUGCCUCCGGAUCCGACUACGACUACCUGGACCUGGACAAGAUGAGCUUGUACAGCGAGGCGGACAGCGGCUACGGUUCGUAUGGGGGUUUCGUGAGCCUGCCCACCACCCCUUGCCAGAAGUCCCCCAACGGGGUGCGGGUGUUCCCCCCUGGGCCGGCGCCGGCGCCGCACCCGCAGCAGCCCCCCGCACAGCAACAAGCCGGCUGCCUGCUCGCGCCCAUCCCCCGCAACGCGUGCAUCACGUGCCCGCAAUGCCACCGCAGCCUGGUGCUGGACGAGCGGGGUCUGCGCGGCUUCCCCCGCAACCGGGUGCUGGAGGGCGUCGUGGAGCGCUACCGCCAGGGCCGGGCGGCCGCGCUCAAGUGUCAGCUGUGCGAGAGGAGCCCCCGCGAAGCCGCCGUCAUGUGUGAGCAGUGCGACGUGCUGUACUGUGAGCCGUGCCGGAUGCGUUGCCACCCGCCCCGCGGUCCGCUCGCCAAGCACCGGCUGGUGCCGCCCGCCCAGGGUCGGGUCGGCCCCGGGCGCCGCGCCGCGCCUCGCAAGACCUCCACAUGCACGGAGCACGAGCUGGAGAACCUGAGCAUGUACUGCGUGCAGUGCAAGACGCCCGUAUGCUACCAGUGCCUCGAGGAGGGCAAGCACGGCACACACGAAGUCAAGGCGCUGGGGGCCAUGUGGAAGCUGCACAAGGGUCAACUGUCUCAGGCUCUCAACGGGCUGUCAGACCGAGCCAGCGAGGCCAAAGAGUUCCUGGUGCAGCUCAGGAACACCGUGCAGCACAUCCAGGAGAACAGCGUGGAAUUCGAGGCGUGUCUGGUAGCGCAGUGCGACGCCCUCAUCGACGCGCUGAACCGCCGCAAGGCGCAACUGCUGGCUUGCGUCAACAAGGAACACGAACACAAGCUCAAGGUAGUGCGUGACCAGAUCUCGCACUGCACGGUGAAGCUGCGCCAGACGACGGGCCUGAUGGAGUACUGCCUGGAGGUCAUCAAAGAAAACGACCCCAGUGGCUUCCUCCAGAUCUCGGACGCGUUGAUCCGGAGAGUCCUGAUGACGGAGAGCCAGUGGGGCAAAGGGACGCUGACCCCCAGAAUGACCAGUGACUUCGACUUGACUCUUGACAGCGCGCCGCUGCUGCAGACCAUCCACCAGCUGGACUUUGUGCAGAUGAAAGUGCCGUCGGCUCCCAUGCUCCAGUUGGAAGAAUGCUGCACGGAGAACAACAGCACCACGUUGUCAUGGAAACAACCGCCACUCUCCACCGUCGCCGUGGACGGGUACAUCCUGGAGCUUGAUGACGGCGACGGCGGUCACUUCAGGGAAGUGUACGUGGGGACGGAGACCAUCUGCACGGUGGACGGCCUGCACUACAAUAGCACGUACAAAUCCAGGGUGAAAGCUUUCAACGCCAGCGGGGUCGGACAAUAUAGCAAGACGCUCAUCAUGCACACGUCACACGCUGGACUUGCUCCGGGUGAUAUGCAGUCAGUGGCCUGGUUCACCUUCGACACGGCGUCGGCGCACCCGGACAUCAUCUUGUCCAACGACAACCUGACGGUUACGUGCAACAGCUACGACGAUCGCGUGGCUUUGGGCGGCGCCGCCUUCUCGCGCGGUAUCCAUUACUGGGAGAUGACGCUGGACCGCUACGACAACCACCCCGAUCCCGCUUUUGGGGUGGCGCGCGCCGACGUCCUGAAAGACGUCAUGCUGGGCAAAGACGACAAGGCCUGGGCUAUGUAUGUGGACAACAACCGCUCCUGGUUCAUGCACAACAACUCGCACACCAACAGGACGGACGGCGGCAUCAGCAAAGGGUCCACCAUCGGCGUGCUGCUGGACUUCACGCGCAGGAUCCUCAUUUUCCUCAUUAACGACGAGCAGCAGGGGCCCGUGGCCUUCGAGGGCCUGGAGGGCGCCUUCUACCCAGCCAUCAGCCUAAACCGGAAUGUACAGGUGACGCUGCACACCGGCUUGCCCAUCCCAGAUUUCUACACCCCGGGGGAGGUUGAUCCCACUGCUCAGAUGUGCUAAACGUCAGCCUACCACUGGGAUUCAUUUUAAAAGCACAGCAAAGGAGGGGAGUUUGACUCCCAAAAAAAAUAAGCUUUUGGUAGUUUGCGUCAUGGCUUUGUGUUUGAAAACAAAUACAAAAAGGCAUUUUUCUAUUUCAUAUUGCAAAACGAGCGUAUGUAAUUGGUUUUUUUUAUCAGACGUUUUGCUCUAUUUAGUCUUUUUAGUUGCUUAAAAUGUAGUAGGAGUGGAAUUUAGAACAGGGCAAUAUCUGAUUUAUUUCUUUUUUUUCCCCCGGGAAGAACUUACUAAACAUCUCAAGGAGCUCAUCAGGCCACAAUAUUAGGUACACCUGCCUCUUUCAUACUCCGAGCCAGCAAAAGUGCGGCAACGGAGCCUUACAAGUGGCUAAUGAGUAAUGACUCCCGCUUUCACACAGAGAUCCCGCAAAAUUGCUGCAUCAGCGCCAUGACAGUAGAGCUAGCAUUUACAGUACAGUAUUUACCUGUGCCUUUUAAACAGAACCAAGCAAAUUUCUGCAACUUUGUGCACUUUUGCACAGAUAUACGGCAUUCCUCACAUAUUCGGUAACUUCACACCCCUUGUCCUAGCAUUUCUUCGCCUGUGCCUUUUACACAGAACUUAGCCUUUGUAACCGAUUCCGGCGCCUCUGUAGUAGGGACCAGAAAUAAAUGUUGGCUUUUAUUGGCAGUAUAAAAGGGGCUUUCAACUUAAUAUUGGCUGAUUUUCACAGGCGUACCUAAUGUUGUGUCCGGUAAGGAUUCAUCAACACUUACUCAAUCCAUAAGGUGCUAUAUUCUGCUGUAUACCGCUGUUUGAUACCCAGCCAGACACUGCAGGGCAAAGUAUAGUCCACUGGGGCACCCUAUUACAUCACCUGCUGCUACUUCUAUAGAAACAACAAAGUUCAGCGAUAAUAAGCGUAAUAUAUAUUUAUAUAUAUGAUAUAUAUGUACAGUAUUCAGAACAGAAUGUUGUCAUCUGGCGUUUAUGUCGCUUGUUCACAACAGCAUCCCUCUCAGACCACCACAAAAAACGAACAUUAAUAAAUGUAUGAGUGAGCAAAUCAGAUAGACUAGCAGAUGCUUAAUUUGUUUAUCAUAGCUUUUUAUGGAUUAUGAUUGCGCAGUCGCUGGGCGACACUGACGAAUAUACAGAAUAUGCAUAUAGUCAAUUUAAAUGUACAUAAUCGUGUAUGUGCGUGUGAGGCUAUUUCUGUUCUAAUUUAAUGAGAUGGUUCUUUAUGUCUCCUCUAUUACCAGAUGAUUGCUCCAUUAUUAUUAUAAUUAAGAUGAUUAUUUGAGCCUAAUGUGUUUUCCUGUAUAUGUGAAUAUUCAAUAAAUGGCUGACAAAACAAA